GGUCUCGUCACUAGCUGUCAGUGGAAUGUCAGACAACCUGCGAGUUGGAAAUAAAUAAUAACAAACAGAAAUUAUGGAUAAUAUGAGUUUGAAAGAGAUUCAAAGCAAGCUUUUAUUAUGGGAGGCUGCAGAAAAUCCACUCGCACCUUUAACGUCGGAGCAGAGAGAAUCUAUCUUGGAUUUAGAGUCACUUUUACUCGGUGUAUCUAGUGACUUGGACGAUGGAACAACAGAAAAAAUUGAUAAUGAAGAGUCGGAUAAGAGUAACAUACCCACUGUGGACACGACAUAUGACUUUCUAGAGUGGUAUGAAAGUCUAUGUGAUAACAAUCUGAAGACUGAUGAUGCGCCGUACGAGGCCUACCAUAAGCAGCUGGAUGACAGGAGAAAUGAGUGUGUUGCAUUGACCAAUCAGAUUGGUGCUACAAUGUCUGACUUGGACAAAUUGACGGAGCAAUACAACUUUGUGUCAAAUAAAACGAAUGCACUGCACACUAUGAGUGAGCAACUGUUGGCUGACCAAAAUAAACUCUCUAGCAUAGGUGACGACAUCAAACAGAAGCUGCACUACUUCACGCAGGUGGAGCACCUGUCCCAGCGACUGAACAGCCCCACCAUGUCAGUGAACAGCGAGACCUUCUUCAAUGUUCUCGCCAAGAUCGACGAGUGUCUGGAGUAUAUGAGGGCAAAUAGCAACUACAAGGAAUCCCACACGUACCUAGUGAAGUACCGCCACCUCCAAAACCGUGCGAUCUCACUCAUCCGGUCCUACGUGACGCACGUGCUGAACCACGCCACGGAACAGAUGCUGGCUCCCAAGGACGAGGAUCAGAACGACCAGGACAACAUGGACACGGCAUACGCUGUGUACUUCGGGAAGUUCCAAGCUGCUGCCCCCAAGUUGAAGAUGGUUAUUAGUGAAAUUGAGUCGCGGGCUGAGAAGAAUGCUGACUACGCAUCUCUACUAUCAGACAUACAACGCGAAUACGCGGCUCGUCGUUGGCGUGUGGCGGGCGCGGCGACCGGGGGCGCGCUGGUGGGGGGCGCGGCCGCGGGGGCGCCGCCCCCAGACCACUGCUCGCAACUACGGGCUGCCUGCUCUCUACUGGCACACGCGUGUAGAGACGAGUGUGCACUCUAUUACCACUUCUUUACCAAUCCAUCGCCUGCUUUAGAUGAGUACCUGCAAUCACUGUGCACGGGCCUGUACGAGUCGCUGCGCUCCCAGAUAAUCCACAUCAACCACCUGGAGACCCUCGCCGAGCUCUGCGUCAUACUGCGGGUGGAAGUUAUCGAGGAGCAGGUUAAUAACGAUCCCCGUCUAUCAGCCCUGGGUCAGUACGCGCGCGCCCUGCUGCAGGACGCGCAGGAGCGGCUGGUGUACCGCGCGCACGUGCACCUGCGGGCCGACGUACUGCUGUACCGGCCCGCGCACGGGGACCUCGCAUACCCCAGCAAACUGCUCAUGAUGGAGGUAAGCCAAUGUCACGUGCACCUGCGGGCCGACGUACUGCUGUACCGGCCCGCGCACGGGGACCUCGCAUACCCCAGCAAACUGCUCAUGAUGGAGCAAAUCGCGAUGUCAAUCCAAGAGCAGUCUCUCAAACGGAGCGACUCACGGAACUCGAUGAUAUCCGACAUUUCUGCCACGUCGCAAGAAGUAGCAAAUAUCAAUGUGGAGGCCCAGAAACGACCACAAGCCUCCCCAGCAGACCUUCACGGCAUGUGGUACCCAGGAGUAAGAAGGACGUUGGCAGCUUUAUCAAGACUAUACCGUUGUUUAGAGAAAAAAGUCUUCCAAGGAUUAGCCCAAGAAGCCAUUUCUUUAUGCGUCCAAAGCGUAGACAACGCAGCCAAGCAAAUUUCGACCAACGCCACUAAUAUAGACGGUGAAUUAUUCCAAAUCAAGCAUUUAUUGAUACUUAGGGAACAGAUAGCACCGUUCCAAGUCGAUUUUGUAGUUAAGGAGACGACUUUGGACUUUAGUAAUGUGAAGAAUGCUGCGUAUGGCUUGAUACAGAAACCGAGGCAGAUAUUUUCUUUGAACUCUAACAAUGCGCUGUUAGAGUUCUUACUGGAAGGUACUCCGAUGGUGAGGGAACAUCUCCUGGACUCGAGGAAGGAGGUCGACAGGCAGCUGAAGAGUUGCUGUGAACUGUUCAUCAAGGACGCCACGGAGAUACUCGCUGGGCCCAUGAUAGCGUUUAUUGAGAAGGCAACAGCAUUUGCACCAAUAGAACAACUAAAGUCCCAGCCGUGGGCCACACCAGAAGAGAUAGCUGUGGCCGUGAAAGAAGCGCAGAAGAAAAUCAAGGCCCACCUCGCUCCGUUACAGCGGUCCAUGCAACUGUACUUGGCUAACAAGGAAACUGAGUUUAUUCUAUUCAGACCUAUCAGGAACAACGUAGUCGGUUACUUCGUGCAGAUAGAACAGCUGCUAACAAACGCUGGUUAUACUUACGAAGACACGUUGAUCGUGGCCUGUCCGACUCCGGAGCAGGUCUCCGUCUUCAUAUCCUCAGCGAGCCUCAUCAGCCAUAGUGAACCAGUACAGCCUUUUGGUACUAAAGUCAAACCUAGCGUUGUUAGGAAGCCUAGCGUCACCAGUGUACAAGAGAAGGAAGAGAUUACUGUUGGUGUCGAAGCCACCCCAACUAGUGUUACUUUGUAAGCCAUUUAACAUUAUUUCCUGUACAAUAUAAUAAACAAAUACCUAUUAU